AUGGCCUACUCGAUGGCCCUCACGCUCACCGCCUCCGAGCUGGAAGAGCGUCGCCAUCAGCUCAACAGAGCCGGAUUUCAUGCCUGGCUCUCCCCGAUUGUCCUCAUGGUAGCUACAUAUCUGUACCGUCGCUGCUUUCGUCCAGCGUUGUUUCCAUCGAAAUCGCCGUCUUCACCAUCGCCCGUGCAGCUGUCCCUCCGUCGGGCGGCAUGGAUCCUCCAGACGACGUAUAUCCCCGAGUUUGGCCCCCUGUGGAUCCAGCUCCUGGGCCUGAUGUACGCGGCAUGGCUCCUCUAUCUCACAUUCCGGAACACGGGAGAUGACUACAUGCACCUUACCAAGGCGUUUGGACAUGUGGCCAUCUCUCAACUCCCUGUGCACUACCUCCUCGCCCUCAAAGAUACCACUUACUCGCCGUUCCGGUGGGCAACGAGCCUGACGCACGAACGCCUCAACCCCGUCCAUCGUCUUUUCGGACGUAUCGUGCACGGCUUUCUCGCCGCCCAUGCCGUGCUCUACCUCCGAUUCUUCGUCACCAUGGGCCUGCUGCCGAAACGGAUCAAGGACCCCGAUGUCCGGUGUGGGAUCCUGGCGUUUUGGAUGUUCAAUUUCUUGGGCCUGCUGAGUAUUCCGGCCGUGAGGAGGAGAAUGUACCAUGUCUUGUUCUACCGGAGUCACGUCUUGUUGAGUGGCUUCGUCAUUCCGGUCUUGUGGGCACAUGUGCCCUAUACGAGGCUCUACGUGGCGCAAGUGGCGGCGAUUUGGGCGCUGGGGGGAUGGGCGAGGAGGAGCACCAGGAGGACGACGACUGUGCAGGCAUUGAGACCUGAGAACAUUCCCGGCACGGAGCUCGUGCGAGUCACGUUUGUCGUGAACAGGGCGAGUGCAUUGGGGCGCCCGACUCCCGGACAGCACGUCUAUGUCCGCCGCGUCGGGGGCAUGGUCGGUCCGAAGACGCCGUUCUCAAUCGCGGACGUGCAGUCCUCGGUCCGGCGCGGAGAGGGACAGCUGAUGGAAGUGCUGGUCGUUCUCAGCAACACGGGCGGGCCGGGGACGUCUUUCUUCGCCUCCCUUUCCAUGCCCGCGCUGAAAGAGGAGGCGGCGGCGAUGACGACGCAUGAGAUCCAGCUCGAAGGACCUUACGGCGAAGCCAGCGUGUACUUGGCUCCCAUCCUCCGCUCGGGGCUGGAUACUCCCGUCCUCCUCGUCGCGGGGGGAGUCGGCGCCACGUAUGUCCUGCCGAUCUACACCGCUCUGUUGAAGGCCCGUCGCCGACCGCACGCAGAUGGGGACGCCAGAGGACGACGAGGGGGACGCAUCAAGAUGGUGUGGCUGGUCAAAACCCACGCCGAUGCGCAAUGGGGCAUCGACCUGCUCGCCAGCCGUCUUGCAGAAGGAGAAGCAGAAGGACUCCCCGAGCCGGAUGUGGACGUGUACAUCACGACCGUCUCCUCCUCUUCGUCCACGGCCGGACGCGACGACUCGGUGGUGGCGUCUCGCGUCUCCAUGAGGAAGAAGAAAGAGGACAUCAUCCACGUCCACCCACUCGGCCACCGUCCCAGUCUCGGCUCGAUCGUCGACGAAGUCUUGAACUCCUCUUCUUCUCCUCCGCCGGACCGUGACGACGAAGCCACGGUCUUCGUGUGCGGUCCGCGCACGCUGUCCCGCGACCUGAGGGCCCUUGUGGGCCGGCGCGUCCUCAGCGAGGGGAGGAAGGUGAGGUGGUUCGAGGAGGUGUUUGGGUUUGGUGGGAGUUGA